AUGCUCACUUUCCACCCAUUCUACUGGUUCCUCAUUGCGGUGGUUUUAGCGAUCGUUCAGCCGGCAGCAUCCCAUCCUAUCCGAACGUCCAAAUGGAUUAAAACAAGCCAAUUUGAAGAUUUGAACAAUCGCGGUAUCUGGAAAGUCAUUGAAAAGCAUGGGAAACAUCCUUUACCCGAAUUACCUCAAGCUAAACACACACAGAUAAGAUACGACCCAAAUCUCGAGCGCGGGCAGGGCCUUCUCUACAAACGGGAGGAGACCUCAGACAAAUCAAUUGUCUCGGUAUUGACGCCUCGUCCACCCAUCUCAGAACGAUUAUACCGACACUGGAAACACCCACAAGCGGAACAUUAUGAGUACCCGUGGAAACCUGCUAUGCACACAACAAAACAUUAUGGAGAAGUACUGGGACACAACAAAGCGAAGACCGGCGCUACUGGAUCCCACGGACAGGAACCUGAGUCUUCAUCGUCCUCAUUAGGGCUCCCAUCCGGAGACUAUAUUUCAUUCUUUUCAUAUCGAAUUUCCUUCCCGUUCUUAAAAUUCGCGCCGGUAUCUUUCGCCCCGUUCCCUCUUCCGGGAUUGUUCACUACCAUCAUGGUUUUACUCGCCUUGGUUUGGAUUGCCAUUUUGACCAUUGGGCUAGUGGAGGUGGGCAAUUAUCUAUGGAGUCGGGGGGCAAGCUUCCCCGCUUGCGGGCGAAAAUGA